AUGCUGCCGUGGCUCUUGCUGCUGAUCUGUGGUCCACUCUGUGAACCCAUCGAGCUGUUUCUGAUAGCCAAGCCAUCAAGGCCCAUAGAGGGGAGCCCAGUGACCCUCACCUGUAAGGCCCAUCACCUUCCACAGAAGCCAGUGGCUCAGCUCCAGUUCUGCUUCUUCAGAGAUGGCUGGGCCCAGAGGCUGGGCUGUAGCAGCUCCCCACAGCUCCAGAUUGCCACCAUGUGGAAAGAAGACUCAGGGUCCUACUGGUGUGAAGCACAGACAAUGUCAUCCAAGGUCAUACGGAUGGGCAGAUUCCCUGUCUCUGAUGUGAGCUUGGAGACCCGGCCCCCAGGGGGACAAGUGAUAGAGGGAGAUAAGCUGGUCCUCGUCUGCUCGGUUGCUAAGGGCACAGGAGACAUCACCUUCCUCUGGUACAAAGGGGUCUUGGGUGUAAACCUAGAAACAAAGACCCAGCGUUCACUGACAGCGGAGUUUGAGAUCCUUACAGUGAGGGAAAGCGACGCUGAACAAUAUUACUGUGCAGCUGACAAUGGCUAUGGCCCCAGUCUCAGUGGACUGGUGAGCAUCACUGUCAGAAUUCCAGUGUCUCGCCCUGUCAUCACCCUCAGCACUCCCAGGGCCCAGGCUAUGGUGGGGGAUGUGGUGGAGCUUCACUGUGAGGCCCUGAGAGGCUCUCCCCCAAUCCUCUACUGGUUUUAUCAUGAGGAUGUCACCUUGGGGAGUAGCUCAGCGCCCUCUGGAGGAGGAGCAUCCUUCAACCUCUCCCUGACCACAGAACAAUCUGGAAACUACUCCUGUGAGGCUGACAAUGGCCUGAGGACUCAGCGCAGUGAGGCAGUGGCACUCAACUUCACAGUGCCUGUCAGGGACAAAAGGGAUCGUCAUCUUACUUCAGGAGUCAUUGAGGGGCUGCUUGGCACCCUUUGUCCUGCCACUGUGGCCCUACUAUUUUGUUACUGGCUCAAGAGAAAAAUAGGAAGGUGUUCAUCCAGAGAUCCACCCAGGACCCCUCCCAGGUCUAAACCCCAAGAAUCCAGCUACCUCAACUCACCAGCCCCAGUGCAGCUAGAGCCUGUAUAUGAAAAUGUGAAUGUUGUAAGCAGAGAUGGAGUUUAUUCAUUGGUUUACUGUAUCCAGCAGGAACAGAAAUCAGCAGCAGGUGAGACGUGGACACAUCUGGAGAAUCAAGUCGGCUUAGACAUCUAUUCUAGGCUGAGGAAGACAAAUAUUACAGACAUGGACUACGAAGAUGCUAUGUAA